GUGCAAUGCGUGUGUGCCCGUGUGUGUGCAAUGCGUGUGUGCCCGUGUGUGUGCAAUGCGUGUGUGCCCAUGUGUGUGCAUGCAGUGGGGAUACCUAGUCCGCUGCACGUUCUCUCUUAUGCACAGUCUGAUCCAGGUUCAUAGCUUCCCCCCCGGAGUCCAUGCUGCAGGCUCUUCCUCCUAGGCCCUCAUGCCAAUCGUCAUUUCUCUUGAGUGGGAUGCUCUGAGCUUGGCUCCCCCUUCAAUGGGGGUCUCCCCAUGAACCUCACCCCCUUGCCACUCUGUAUGGAGGAAGCUUGAGCUGCUGCCCUGCCACCCUGUCACUCUGCCCUGCCAUCUCUUUUCAACUCUUUUUCCUCUGGCUCAGAGCAACAUCAAAGUGGAUUAGUGAAUCCACUGUUGCUUCAGCAGACACCGGAAAAGGAGCCAGCCUCCUCCUCCAGCAGGCGCCCAGUCUCUAGGAGUCACUUUGCAGUGCCUUGCUUGGCUGGGUGGCGGUGGGGGUUGUGAGGUCAGGGGGAGUUUCCAUCACAGUCUCCCCCAGGCUGACAACUCCUCUCGAUCCUCUCCCUCCAUGCCAGCGGAGUGUAUAGACCCCAAAGAGACGGUAUGGCUGGGGAGCAGGCUGGGCUCGGCUGCUUUGUAAUCAGUCUUGAGAACAUACCUGGCCCCAAAGGUCCAUUUGUUGUUAUCGAGUGUCUAUUCUGUGCCCAGCACUGUGUGGCUACUGCUGACAGCCAUGAACAAAUGGCAGUAGUCUUCAGGGGAAACCGCUUUUCAUGAGGGAAACGGAUAAAAACAAAUCAGUAUUCAUCAGGGCUAACCACUGGAAAGCCAAGUAAAGCAGGGUAAGGAGAUGGAGAGAGACAAAAGGGAGAGGCUGUUUUCACAGGGAGCUCACAGAAACCGGUGGCUGCGUUUCAAAUUCACCUUUCCCCAACAUGGAGCCUAGCAGACAAUUCUGGGCCAUGGGAAAUCCACGCUGACAUCAUGCAAGCCUAGUUAAGGCAAGGGUUGGGUUUCAAAGUCUAGGCUCUUUCUUGGUUGCACGUAGUUGUGUAUGUCAAGGCUCACUUCUCAACCCUCUGGGCCCAUGUCUGAUCCAUUCUGCAUUCCCAGAAGCCGUGUCUGGCAACUGAAGAUUUGGUUACACUAGUGACCAAGGACAGGGCAGGCUCUUGAUGCUGCUUGUUCGGCAUGGAGGAGCCUCCAGGCGAAGGGACAUCAAGACUCAGCAUAUCACAGGCCAGCUCUGUGGCCUGAAGCUUCAGGCAGAGCUCAGCCACUUCCCAGUCUUGCUCACGGGGAACCAGAGACAAUCAGAACUCAGUCAAAGGCCCCAGAUGUCUCUCUGGCUGGAGAACUCAGGCCUGAAGGUUUGGGGCUUGGAAGGAGCCCUUGACCACAGUGACCACUUCUCUCACUGUGGCUCAAACCCUUGCUCCAGGCACGGCAGGGAAUGGGGUGGGCUGACCAGCUGGAAAGUAUAAGGCCGGCUCCAGAGGCUGGCCAGUGGCUCCCGGGCUCUUUCAGGGCCGUAUCCAGUGGUUGUCCAGGAACAGACGAGGAGCGCUGUGAGUGAAUCUCUCACCAUGGCCACUACACCUGGGUGGGCCCUGGGCUCCCUCCUGCCUACCCUUCUGCUGGGAUUCACAGCUGGACAGCCCUUCAUCUCUCUGACUGGUCCGUCUCAGAGGACAACCCCUGGAGAUUCGGUGCCUUUCAACUGUACUGCUGGCCCCUUCAACUCCCAGCACUUCUCCCGGGACUUCAAUGUUACCUGGUUGAAGGACAGUGAUGAACAUCCAGCCUCAGCCCAGCGCCUGGUGCCUGACAAUGAAGGCAAUGACUUCAUCACCAGCAAGGCAUGGGUGACACUGGCCCGACAGGAUGUCUCAUCGGAGAUCACCUGCAAAGUCACCCACAGGGCCCUGGCAGAGCCCUUGCAAAGGACCAUGAAGCUCUCCCAAGUACUCCGAGUUGUCCCCACCCUGAAGAUCACCACCGAACACUCUGGGACCAGUGUACGUGCACAAGACAGAGUGAAUCUCACCUGCCACGUCCAUCACUUCUAUCCCCGCCGCCUGCAACUCACCUGGAUGCAGAACAGGCGCAUGAUCCAGACCCUGGAGUCCCCUCAGGCCACCAGAAAUCCAGAUGGGACAUACUCUCUGGAGCACACGUGGCAGGCAGAGGUCACGCUGGAUGAGCAGGAGUUUGCUUGCUGGGUGGUCCACGAUGAGCAGCCUCCGCUCAAGACCAACAUCACCCUGCAAGCCCAGGAGCACAGGCAGGGGAAAGGCAGGAGUGCCCAGCCUCAGCCUCACAAGUUGCAAGGCCCCCUUCAGCGAUCUGAACCUGGCACAAGGAUCCGAUUGACCUACACAUCCUCUGGCUUCUUGACAAACCAGGUUACUGUGACCUGGCUUAAAAACAAACAUGAGCUCCCAAAGCCCCAGACCAGCGUCCGCCGCAGUGGACACACCUACAAUGUGACCAGCAGUGUGCUCGUCCCGCUGACAGAUGAUGAUGUGCUCUCCCACGUCAUUUGCUAUGUCGAGCACAAGUUGAUGCUAAUUUUCCAGAAAACCAUUGAUCUGGACCAGUACCUCCGGGUUCCCCCUGCAGUGACAGUGUCCCAGUCUUCCACCUCCUCCAGCUUGGUGGCUGUUACUUGCUUCGUGCAGAGAUUCUAUCCACAAAAUGUGCACCUCACCUGGCUAGAGGACUGCCGUACACUCAAAGGCAUUGAGCAACCCACAUCCAAGAAGAAUGAUGAUGGGUCCUAUACCCUGGAAAAUGUGCUGCUGGUGAAUGCAUCAGUGCAGGGGCUUGAGCGGGUCCUCACCUGCAUGGUGGAACAUGAGGGACAGCUUCCCAAACGGGCCAACCUCAUACUGUCCACAGCAGCUCACACCACAUGUAAGCUCAUUGGGAGCACAGGUCCAGAGAUGCCUGCCCUUAUCUUUGUGGUUUUUCCCUCUGGGCCUCAAGGUGCUGCUGGUGAUGAGUUUCACAGUGACCUACAUCUGCAGGAGGUGGAACCUGUGACAGCUCCUGCAUGCAGAAACAUUAACCUCCAGCCCUCUCCAAGGGCUUCAUGUGGGGAGAAGCUGCAGGGACUUACAGGUGACUAAAGACCCUUCAGUUCGUCCCUGGCACCCCCAUCAUGGACACGCUCCUUUCUGCACACCCUCCCGGUGUUCCUUCCCUCAGACCUUUGGAGCUGAGUCAGGGACGGAUUUUAUUCAUGAGGACUCCAGGGAUAUCUUGAUUCUGAUGUACUGAGCUUCAGAUUGGCCCUCCUUCUACCCAAGAGAAUCAAACUGAUCAAGAAAAGAAGUUUCUAUUCUGCCCCAUCAUGAACAAUCCUUAAUUUUCAGAGCAGUUUUUACUUUUGAAAGUAUGAUUUCAUUUGAACACACACGUAUUUUGAAAUUACUGGUAAGUUGCAUAAGCAUUUUUCUCUUCUGAGAUGUACAAAAAAAUACAAACAAUAUGCAUGGAUCUACUUCAUAAAAUAUUAACAUUUUGCCAUCAUGUUCUUCAGUUCUUUUCUUUAAAAAAAAAAAGACACUGUUCUGAAUUUGAUGUUUAUCAUUCUCAAGCAUGAUUUUAUACCUUUUUAACAUGUGUAAAUCCUUAAGCAAUGUAUAGGAUCAGUCUUCAUAUUUUUAACAUUGUAUAAAUGCCAUGAUACUGUACACAGCAUUCUAGAACUUUAUUUUUUAUGCUUAACACAGUUUGCCAGGUUUAUUCCUGUUGCUAUCUGAAGUCACAUUUUAUUAAUUUUCCACUGUUCUGUGGUCUUCUAUUGUAAGACUGUGCUAUAAUUUAUCAAUUCUUCUUAUAAUGUUGAAGCUUCAUUCAGUGUUUUGCUGGUACAACUUUGCACAAACAUUCUUACAUUUGUUUCCUUGGGCACGUGUGGGAGACUUCAUCUUGUUCCUCUAGCUUGGUGCACAAAGCUGCAGUACUGGUAUUAUGUGGGAUCUUUCAUUGUAUAAAAACAAGUUUCUAAUUGUUGUUCAA